UAUGAUGACAGUCCAAUCCAAUCACAAGUUUCACAUAUUUUUGAUCUAUAAGCACGAGGAAAGUAGCGACCGGAAAAUAGCUGACAAACAGUUUAUAAAACUGUGUAUACAAGCGACAAGCGUUCUACACAUUUGAUUUUAUUUUUAAACGACGUGUAUUGUUGUGAGAUUCUGUAUUAAUACGAAGGAAAGUAAUUCCACGAUGCAGCGACAGAGGUUUAGCAUCGAUUAUAUCACUGGAAAUGCUGCGACACAAAAUUCUCAUAUUCCGUUGAACAUGGCUCAGAUCUUGUUUGCGAACCACGACGGUGUUGCUACACGGGACGGUGCUAACUAUCUGAACAACAGUCUUCACCUAGACGACGUGUACAGCGUCAUCAACAAUGACCUCAUCAAUGACGUCAAAUCGUCCACGAGACGAACCGAGUCUCAACAGCCGACAAUUUCAUACAAGCCCUACUCGAACAUCUCGUGCGACGAUGAAGUCAUACUCACACACGUCGAGAUUCAAGGGUCUUACAACUCAAGCGAGCAACUUACGACACUCAGUUCUCCUGGAACCGGAUCCACUUCCGGUUCUGACGUGGAGCCACAGGAACGCGCCACGCCAUCUCCUCCCUCGCACGACAGCGGUAUCGAGUCCGACCACUCCCCAAGAUCCAGAGAGAUUGACCUAGCUAAGACGCUGAAUGCACUGGAGAUGAAGGCUCUGGCGGUACAGACGAAACGCCAAACCAAUCCAAAAUCAUCGUCAUCGUCGUCAACAUCCUCGACCUCAUCGUCAUCAGACGACAAACCGAAGCACUCUUACAUUGCUAUGAUCGUCAGGGCCAUCCUGAGCACAGACGAGAGGCGGAUGUCGCUGAGUGAUAUAUACAGCUAUAUACGGGACAAUUACCCGUUUUACGACAACGAGGAGAAGUCAUGGAGAAACAGCAUCCGCUACAACCUCAGCAUCAACGAGUGCUUCACGAAGGCAGGCAAGGAAGAGAGCGGUAAAGGUAACUAUUGGGCCAUCCAUCCAAACUGCUAUGACGACUUCAAGAAGGGGGACUACCGCCGCCGACAGGCAAGACGCCGUGCCCGACGAAACCUGAAAACAGUGGACAGCAUAUCGCAAUCCGAACAACCGAUGCACAGCACAGUGCCCGCAAGCUACGUUCAAAUGACGUCAACAUUCCCAGGUUAUUCCGCCACAUCCGCCAGUCAUGUGACAAGUAGUCACGCUAGACCGGAAUUCCAGGUCGUAGCGCCAGCCCCGUCCUCUUAUUAUUACCCGUACAGCUAUCAGACGCCUCAAUACUCCCAUAUCGAACUUCCGGUGUACACACCCAUGUCGUCUGGUGGAUAUGACUAUGCGACUCAGGGCGUCUCAUAUGGUUCAAAUGCCGUAAAUAAUGAGGCGCACAAGGGUGUUACACAGGGCUACCAACAAUACAACUACUUCCGCCCGCAUGAAUCGGUGGACCAGGACGCGCCGGACAGCAAUACGGUCAUCAUCGCUUAGGAUGGUGAUCUUCAAUUUCCUCUGUGAUAUGUUGGAGGAAGUCACAUACAAUGUAUGGAUACUUUUUGUGUAAAUGGGUUGUUGUAAUUUACGCUCGGUUUACACGAUCGUGGUGUGCUUUUUAUGAGCUAUUUUAACUGUAAAUGUGCUUAAUCUUAAUUAUUUGUGCUUUUUUUAUAGAGAUUAUCAAAAGUGUUAUUGUCUAUGCAAGCAUACAGCAUUUGUAUUUAGUAGAUUAUGUUUAAUGAUUAUCGUAUUGCGACUUGUAUGUGCUCGUUAGUUUUAAGAAAUGUAAAUACGUUUUAUUGUACAUUUUUACCGUUUUAAUUAAUUCUUGUACUUAUAAAAUACGUUCGUUCUUUAACCAAACAUAAACAAUAUAAAUAUGGUAAUAUUAUU